AGAUGAUGAUGGGAUAAACGCCUCUCCUCGGUGUGGGUGUUUCCUGAAGCACGGCUCGUUGCCCUCCCAUUGGUCAGCUCCCAGAUGACAGCCGAGGCUCCGCGGAUAAAAAGAACCGCGACGCGCGAGCGGCAAGUGUCGGACGGAGGAGCGCGAGCCGGUUCGACGCGCCUCUGCGAGUCUCUCUCAUCACGGCUGGAAGAAUUAGUCCAAUCCCUCAAGGGAGCCGGUGCAGAAUGGAGUGGUACGUCCUGGUGCUGAUGCUGAGCUUCCCGCCCUCCAUCCACUCAGACUGUUCGGCUGAGUGCCAGAAAUGCGCGCAACAGCUGCUGCGCCCGGACUUCAGCAGCCUGUCCUGCAGUCCGGACUGUGAGGGGGAGCUGCAGAGCUGCGCCCCGGUCCCGAGCCUGGCGGACUUCACGGAGGACGCGGCGGCGGCGGCGGAGGAGCGGCAGCAGGCGGACCUGGUCAAACGUUACGGCGGCUUCAUCAAAAGGAUCGACAAGAACAAACUCUUCACCUCCUCCAACUCCGUCCUGAAGCCCGCGGCGGCGCCAAAACUCUACCAGGAACUCCUGAAGCGGCUGGAGGCGCGAGGCGCGCCGCGGGACGGGGACCAGGACCAGGACCAGGACCUGGACCAGGAGGAGGAGGACGCGCGCGCGUUCGUCAAACGCUACGGCGGCUUUUUACGCAAAUUCGGCCCCAAAUCAAAGAGGAGUAGCUCCGGGGAGCAGGAGGAGCAGGAGGAGAGCCGGGAGGAGCUCCAGAAGCGCUACGGCGGCUUCAUGCGGAGGGUCCGACCCAAACUCAACAUCAACAACCUGAAGUGGGACAAGAGGUACGGCGGGUACCUGCGGCGCCACUUCAAGUUCUCCGUGCGCUCCGUGGAGGAGCCCCUGUACUCCUCCUGAACUCCUCCUGCUGAGGAGGAGAACCUGAGGAACUGCUGCUGCAGCUGUGUUUCUGUCUGCUUGUUUAAUAAAAACUCUUCCUGUUUGUCCCAGAGUCGCGCUUUGUUCUGGACGCAGAUGGAUGUUUGGAGACUUCAUGAUCAAAAAGAGAGAAAAAUGUACAGAACAGAGCUUUAAUUUAUCUCACUGUUUGUUUUCUGUAAAUAACUUUU